AUGGCCCCCGGCCAAGAUCUCCUCCGUCGAUCCCACCCCGCCGCUGACGAGGACCCCGACCGCCUCCUCGCCGCCGCCGGCGAGGCCGAGAAGCCCCGCCGGGCGAAGCGCGUCGCCUCGCUCGACAUUUUCCGAGGCCUCACCGUCGCGAUGAUGAUCUUGGUGGACGGAGCGGGGGGCGAGUGGCCGGUGAUCGGACAUGCACCGUGGAAUGGCUGCAACCUCGCCGAUUUCGUGAUGCCCUUCUUUCUCUUCAUCGUGGGGAUGGCCAUUCCCCUCUCUCUCAAGAGGAUACCGAACCGACUUCUCGCUGUGAGGAGAGUGGUGGUCAGGACGCUCAAGCUGCUGUUUUGGGGCAUCAUCUUGCAAGGUGGGUAAAAGUUUGUCUUUGAAUGGUUGUUAUAUUUCCGAAGAGUAGAUCCGCCGCCUCCCCCUUCUUUAUUUUUGUUGCAGGGGUGACAGGAGUAAGCGGAUAUGCAGGGGGGCCGGAGCGCCGGUGUC